GGGGGCCUGAGCCUUGCAGAAGAGGAUAGUUUAAUCCAUAUCCAGUUAAAAGCUGGUGCUGUGUUACAGCUGCAUAGGGAUUUAUUUAUUUAUGUGAAGAAGUCUGGGGGUUUGCGUGGGGAGGUGUGUGGUGGGUGACAGGUUUGCUGGAGUUGCAGGGGCUCAGGCAGUGGAAGCGGUGCCAGGACCAGUCUGCGCCCACCUCGCUGUGACUGGCUCUGGAUGAGGGGAGGGUGGUGCCUGGUGUGGCCCCUGGUAGGGGGCAGAGGAGGGCUGUAGUUCUCGCCCUGGGGCUGCCCGGCAUGUGGCAUGGCUUUGGGCACAGCGCUGGGGUCCAUGGUGGCAGCUACUUGAGCAGAGCACAAGGCUGGGAGUUUGUGUCCAGGUCCCCCCCAGGGGGCAGGGAGAGGAGCAGGAGUCCUCUCAGAAACAUGUCAACCUCGGCCAUCCCUGUGGAUCCCAAACAAGCGGGAGGCGUCCUGGCCCCAGGGAGCAGAGCCCAGCCUGAGAAAUGCCACCUCCAACAUCAACACCUUCGAUUCAAGAGGAAGUUCGAGGAAAUCAAGAAACGGUACAGUCAAGACAAGGCGGCCUGGAUCAGAGAGAAGGAGCUGUUACUGAGGGAAGUCGCCGAGAUCCAAGCUGGUGAAAAUAGAAGAAUUUUGCUUGAUCUUCGGUCCAUUUUGGAAGGCAUUCAGACUGAACUUAAAAAGGAGGAAGAUCAAAGGACAGAGUUGCAUCGUCAAUAUUCUGGUGAUAAAUAUGCUUGGGAGCUGGAGAGAGCAGAGCUGAAAUGUCGUAUUGGACAGUUGGAAGCUAAAGUAAAUAGACAGCACGUGGACAAAGUACCUCAAGACGCAAGAGAAACAUUAAGGAAAGAAAGGGAGGAACAGAAGCGUCUGUUGGCUGACACUCACUCGGCAGCCAUGGACCUGAGGAAGCAACUGGAGAACAGCGAGAGAACCUGGGGCAGGGAGAAGGUGGAGCUACUGGAACGUUUCGACAAUGAGAGAAAGGAAUGGGAAAGUCAAUUGAAAGACAUGCAGAGCAAGAUAGAGCAGCUUUACCAAGAGGUAAAGGCAAGACAACAAUGCAACUUGAAUGGAAAUGGGCAGAGACAAGGAAAGAAUACUAGAGAUAACUGUGUGCUGCUGAACUUACAUUCCUGCAAUCCUCAAUAUGGUGAAUCACAUGAUGAUAAAGACCAGAAACUUAUGAACUGUACAUGGGCCUAUGAUGCAGUGAUCAAAGAUAAUGCCCCAAGUGAUGCAGUACAAGGCACAGGAAGGUGUUCAACAAUAAGUGCAAGCCCACUGUUUAUUGAUGAUGCAUCACAUCAAAGUUUAGAGGACAGUGGCAGCAGUGAAGAAAUUGAAAAUGCAGAGAAAGAUACAAAGAAAUAUUCCAGUACCUUGAAUGCAGCUUUACAGGAAAUAGCAAAAGUGAGUGAAGAGUUAUGCAAUUACCAGGAGGAAGUCCGGAAAAAAACUAAGCACAAAAGAACAAAAUUGGUUUCAUAUCUGCAAGGACUUAAAGGGAAAGAAAAUGCAAGUAUAUUUUCAAGGGAUGACAUCUUUACAGAUGAGAAAAGCAAUGGGUCAUACAAUAUAUUUAAAAACCCAGGUGCUAUACUUUCAAAAAACCAUCUGUGUUGUGAAGAGCUAAAUGAUGAGAACAAGUGGAAACAAACUGAUAGAGAUGGGAAUCAAAUCCCUCUUGGGCUUCCAGGUAUGGAUGACAUAACCAAUGAGCCUCCCUUAACAAAAUCAGAAGCUCCACCUGUUCCACCAAGGACCUCAUCAUGGUACCUUGCAAAUUCACUUUCAGUAUUUCCAUACAAUCAAGAAAAUGCCGUGAAGGAAGACAGCAGUAACUGCAAAACUCAAGAUAAUGUUAAAGGCCAGACAUUCAGUGACUCUUCUUCUGUGAGGCAAUUUGAGACAAUACUGCAUGAGAAUGAAGGCAAAUUGUUUCCUGGACAAUUCAAUGCUUUUCCAUCACAAAUUAAGCGAGGUGUGGGCUCUAAAUGCAAUGGAAACAAUAACAGGUGGUCAUGUGAUUUAGCUAAACUUAGCACGGGAACUGAAAGUAAAUUUCCUUUUUGUUUACCAUUAAAAGCGGUUCACUCAGAUGUAAGUAUAAUGUCAUUUGUGCAGCAGCAGAAUUUGGGUCCAAAAUCCAUCAAUGGACUAAAGCAAAGCAAAGCUCUCUUUCCAAACUGCAAUAUUCCACAGUGUAACUUUGCAGACAUUUCAAAGGCAACAGGCAAUUGCAAAUGCAAUGGUGCAUUGGCAGCACAACCGCAGUCAGAUAUUCCUGUAGCUCAAACAGGCAGCGACAGCAAAACUGUUUUAAAUACUGAAAGCUGUGGCCUUGCUCAGCACGGAACAUCAAUGGAAUCAACGCAGAUUGAAAAACCUACUUGUUCAACAUUUGAUUUCUCACUUCACUCUGCAGAGAACAGCAAUGUUACUGGUCAAUUUCUUGCCAACCGCCAUGGUUCAGCCUUUAGACCAUACAUGUCACCUUCUUUCCUCACCAACUCGAGAACAGCAGGGAAGGACAAGUCCAGCAAUGUUUUUUCAGGCUGGAUGAUUGGUAAUGACAAAGGGGAAGUGACUGCUGAGAAUGACCUGAGGCCAAAUAAUCCUUUUUGUCAAAUGCAAUCGGAUUCAAAGUCCAACAUCGGGACUGUCCAAAAGAUGUUGAGAAGCUAUGAAAGGUCAUUGAAUCCUUCCCUUGAAGUGAAGGAAAAGGUACAUAACUUCACUGGUGGCAAAACUCAGCAACAAGCAUCUUUGCAGGAAAGUAGAAAUGAGUUUGUUAACCUUUUUCAAAUACUUCAUCUUGAACAAAAAACACGGGAGGAAUCAAAACAGCCAGCAGUGUUCAGAGGGCUCUCUGACGAGGAGGCUCCAUUACCAGAGAUCCUGCUGCCUGGAACAGUGACAGCAAAUGGGAUGAGUUUCUCCCGUCCUGCUAGACCAUCAAACCGGCGCUUACCAACACGAUGGGCCAUGAGAUCUCCAUCUGCACCGGCUGUGCUUAACCGUGCGGCCCAAAAUCGUAACCAGUCACUCUUAUUUGCCACAGAAACUUCAAUCAUGUAACAUUUUGAAAUUGAUGGUGCAAGCAACAGAAAUGAGUUUAGCACGUGCUUCAUCUACCUACUGGCUUUUUCUUAAAUGACAAUAGAUUUUAUAUCCUAUAUUAAAAAAAUUGGAACUACUGGGCAUCCUUUCCCAAUAUCAAGAAUGGCUUAAGAAGGGAAGGGUUGUUUGUUAAAAGUAUUGAUAGUCUCCAGUACUUAUAUUAGCCUUUGGAAUCUACAUACAUUGAGCGUCGAUCAAAUUACACCAUUACAAACUAAUUAUUUUUCAAUGUGUAUUUAUUAGUUAUACGAGUGAAUACUGUGCUUAUUUUACAAUGUUUACUGUAUAAUCCUGAAUUUCGUUGUAAACUUGUAUAUCAGAUGUAUUCAAUGGGGAGCAGAAAACGUAGCUAUUUGCAUGCCUUUGUGUUUGUAUAUGCAUGUGUAGCUGAAACCUGCAGCUGUGUCUGUUGGGAUUUAGGUAACACGAACAUCUACUUUACAUGUUUAUGGUCAGAUAAGAGUUGAAUUCCAAGCAGGUCUUUCUUUCCAUUGUUGCACAUGGAAAUGUGAUGCUUGUAACAGAGUGGCGAGACAGAUAUCAUUUUCAUUUUAAAAUGUGUCUUGACAUUAUUUAGCCAUUUUAAGGAACUUUGAAGAAUAAAAUGCUGCUUUUAGUUUAACCCUGACCCCAGCUGUAAAAAAAGAAUGUACAAUAUUAAGAAUAAAACUGCCUGCAGUUCAA